CAUUGGUCACUAUUGUUGGCUGUCAAGCGCGCUCUACCGUGGGAUUGGAUUUCUCCUGGAGCUGUUUCCUCCUUGGCUUUACCUGUCUCGUUGUGAGAGGCUGACAGCUCUUCCUGCUCCACAAACAGCUCCCGCCCCUUCAUCCAGCUCCAAGGAAGGAAGGAGGAACUGCUCGAGUCGCAUGUGUCACUUCCAGUAUGCUGCAAAACCGUGCUGCUAUGUGACUCCCUGGGAUUAUUUAGCUGGUUUUGCUGUUGGUGGGAAGUAAGGUUAGAAAGUUUGGAAUUACAGCCAGUGUUCUGGGGGGUGCGGGGCGCGUUGGGAACGUGGUGCAAGUGGUUUAGGAAGUGGAGCGUGGCAGCGAAAAAGGAGAAGGGGGGGCUUUUCUUUCCCGUGUGAUAAAAGAUAGCUCGUUUCGCUUGCUUGCUACGACGGGACUGACGUAGAAUAUGGCGGAACAUCAUCCGGUUUCCGAAAACAAACACAAAUCCUCACUGAACUCCGGAGCGUCGUACUCGGGGAACGGGCGCAGCAGCACGGCGGUCGCAGAGAGAGGCAGCAACGCCGGGGCAGUAGGAGGUCUGUCCGGCGGCCUGUCGCAGCCAGCAGGGUGGCAGUCCUUGCUGUCUUUUACCAUCCUGUUCCUGGCCUGGCUGGCCGGUUUCAGCUCCAGGCUAUUCGCUGUUAUUCGCUUCGAAAGCAUCAUCCACGAGUUUGACCCCUGGUUCAACUACAGGUCGACUCACCAUCUCACCACCAAUGGCUUCUAUGAGUUCCUUAACUGGUUUGACGAAAGAGCCUGGUACCCUCUGGGUAGGAUAGUAGGAGGCACGGUGUACCCAGGUCUGAUGGUCACAGCAGGCCUCAUCCACUACGUGCUCAACCUGCUGCACAUCACCGUCCACAUCCGCGAUGUGUGUGUGUUCCUGGCUCCUGUGUUCAGCGGCCUGACCUCUAUCUCCACCUUUCUGCUGACGAGGGAGCUAUGGAAUCAGGGCGCCGGACUGCUCGCGGCCUGCUUCAUCGCUAUCGUCCCAGGCUACAUCUCCCGCUCCGUUGCUGGCUCCUUCGAUAAUGAAGGCAUCGCCAUCUUUGCCCUGCAGUUCACCUAUUACCUCUGGGUGAAGUCAGUGAAGACGGGAUCAGUCUUCUGGACCAUCGGCUGCUGCCUCUCCUAUUUCUACAUGGUUUCAGCUUGGGGCGGUUACGUGUUCAUUAUCAACCUCAUUCCUCUUCAUGUAUUUGUGCUGCUUCUCAUGCAGCGCUAUAGUAGGAGAGUUUACAUAGCCUACAGUACCUUCUACAUCGUUGGCCUGGUCUUGUCAAUGCAGGUCCCCUUUGUGGGCUUUCAGCCAAUCAGGACCAGUGAACACAUGGCAGCAGCAGGUGUGUUUGUGCUGCUUCAGGUCUAUGCCUUCCUGCAGUACCUGAAGGACAGACUGACCAGGCAGGAGUUCCAGACUCUGUUCUUCCUGGGAGUCUCUGUAGCUGCUGGAGUGGUUUUCCUCUCUGUCAUCUAUCUGACAUACACAGGGUACAUUGCUCCAUGGAGUGGGCGCUUCUACUCCCUCUGGGACACAGGCUAUGCUAAGAUCCACAUUCCCAUCAUAGCCUCAGUAUCUGAGCACCAGCCCACCACCUGGGUGUCCUUCUUCUUUGACCUCCACAUCCUCGUCUGCACCUUCCCAGCAGGCCUCUGGUUCUGCAUUAAGAACAUCAAUGAUGAACGUGUCUUUGUGGCCUUGUACGCUAUCAGCGCUGUAUAUUUUGCUGGCGUCAUGGUGCGUUUGAUGCUGACUCUGACUCCGGUGGUCUGCAUGCUGUCGGCGGUGGCUUUCUCCAGCGUCUUUGAACACUACCUGGGAGACGACAUGAAGAGGCAGAGCCCGCCUGCUGAGGACAGCAGCGAUGAGGACGACAGGAAGAACGCCGGAAACCUCUACGACAAGGCUGGUAAGGUGCGUAAACAUGUAUCGGAGCAGGAGAAGGCUGAGGAGGGCCUGGGCCCCAACAUCAAGUCCAUCGUCACCAUGCUGAUGUUGAUGCUGCUCAUGAUGUUCGCUGUCCACUGCACCUGGGUCACCAGCAACGCCUACUCCAGCCCCAGUGUUGUACUGGCAUCAUACAACCAUGACGGCUCCCGCAACAUCCUGGAUGACUUCAGAGAGGCCUACUAUUGGCUGAGGCAGAACACAGACGAGCAUGCCAGAGUGAUGUCCUGGUGGGACUAUGGCUACCAGAUAGCAGGCAUGGCGAACAGAACCACGCUGGUCGACAACAACACGUGGAACAACAGUCACAUAGCACUGGUGGGCAAAGCCAUGUCAUCCAAUGAGACUGCAGCAUAUGAAAUCAUGAGGUCACUGGAUGUUGACUAUGUCCUGAUCAUCUUUGGAGGGGUGAUUGGUUACUCAGGCGAUGAUAUCAACAAGUUCCUAUGGAUGGUGCGCAUCGCAGAGGGGGAGCACCCCAAGGACAUCAGGGAAAGUGACUACUUUACCCCACAGGGGGAGUUCAGAGUGGAUAAAGCUGGUUCCCCCACCCUACUCAACUGCCUUAUGUACAAAAUGUCUUACUACCGCUUUGGAGAGAUGCAGUUGGACUUCCGGACGCCGCCGGGCUUUGACCGAACACGCAAUGCUGAGAUCGGCAACAAGGACAUAAAGCUGAAGCACCUGGAGGAAGCCUUCACAUCUGAGCAUUGGUUGGUCAGGAUUUACAAGGUUAAAAAGCUGGAGAACAGAGACCGUGUAGAGCACAAGUUGCAAGGCACUGAUUCCACGAAGCAGAAGUACACGUCCAAAAAGACAGCCAAGAGGAAGCGGGGUUACAUCAAGAACAAGCUUUCCCUCAAGAAGGGCAAGAAACUGACCAAGAAAACUUUAUAGGAAGUCGACCCCCAGCAGAGGCACAUUGUUGACGGGAGAGAGAGGGAAAAAAAAACAACAAAAAACAAAAAAAAAAACAAAACAACUUAAAA